GCCGUCGGGGCCCCCGUAGAAGCCGGACUGCGCCCGCCCUGGCCGUGUGACCCGGAAGGGAGCUGCUGAGGAGGCGGGGCCAGGACGGCGGGACCGGCCGCCUGCUCCCAGCGAGGGCCAAGCCGGGCGGUGGGAGGAGGUCAGGAUGGUGGGGGAACGGCGCGCCGGGGACCUCAUGGUGCCCUUGGGGCCCCGGCUGCAAGCAUAUCCUGAAGAGCUUAUUCGACAGCGGCCUGGGCAUGAUGGGCAUCCUGAAUACCUGAUCCGAUGGAGUGUUCUGAAGUGUGGGGAAGUGGGCAGAGUGGGUGUGGAAGAGGGCAAGACAGAGCACAUCCUCAUGUGGCUGUCAGCCCCCGAAGUCUACGCCAACUGCCCCAUGCUGUUAGGUGAGCGGGCACUAUCUAAGAGACCUCAGCAUGAACCAGCUGGGGGCUCAGGAAGCUUUCCCCGAGAUCCAGGAGGUCUGGAUGACACAGCAAUGGGAGAGAUGGAGGCUGAUGUGCGGGCGCUGGUGCGCAGGGCUGCCAGGCAGCUGGCAGAAGGUGGGACCUCGAGCCUCACAGCUGCUGUGCUCCACACCAUCCAUGUGCUCAGUGCCUAUGCCAGCAUCGGGCCCCUCACUGGGGUCUUCAGGGAGACGGGAGCCCUGGACCUGCUCAUGCACAUGUUAUGCAACCCUGAGCCUCAGAUCCGUCGGAGUGCGGGCAAGAUGCUACAGGCUCUCGCAGCCCACGAUGCUGGGAGUCGGGCUCACGUCCUUCUGUCACUGAGCCAACAAGAUGGCAUCGAGCAGCACAUGGAUUUUGACAGCCGCUAUACUUUGCUGGAGCUGUUUGCAGAGACCACCUCCUCUGAGGAACACUGCAUGGCCUUUGAGGGCAUUCAUCUGCCUCAGAUCCCAGGAAAGCUGCUCUUCUCCCUGGUGAAACGCUACCUAUGUGUCACCUCUCUGCUGGAUCAGCUGAAUAACAGCCCAGAGCCAGGGGCUGGAGACCGAGGCUCCCUGUCCUCAAGGGAAUUCGGCCGGGAGAAAAGCCGGGGGCAGCGGGAACUGGAGUUCAGUAUGGCUGUGGGCAACCUCAUCUCCGAGCUGGUGCGGAGCAUGGGCUGGGCCCGGAACCUCAGUGAACAGAGCACGUUGCCACCGCGGCCUGCCCGCUCCAUCUUUCAGCCCUGCGUUUCAGGCCCUAGCCUUUUGCUCCCCACCAUGGUUGCCGCCCCCAGAAGGCAAGAGCGGGCCUUCCGCCAACGCUCUGAAUUCUCAAGCCGCUGUGGCUAUGGUGAGUACGUGCGAGAGACGCUGCAGGCCGGGAUGCGAGUGCGCAUGCUGGAGGACUACGAGGAGGUCAGCGCUGGGGACGAGGGCGAGUUCCGUCAGAGCAACAACGGCGUGCCCCCCGUGCAGGUCUUCUGGCAGUCGACGGGCCGCACCUACUGGGUGCACUGGCACAUGCUGGAGAUCCUGGGCCCUGAGGAAGCUGCUGAGGAUGCGGCUUCAGGAGCUGUGGAAAAGGGGGCAGGGGCUCCUCUGCUGGGCACAGUGCUUCCCUCCUGGGACUGGAAACCUGUAGAUGGGCUCUACUCUUUGCCAUACCUCCAGCCCGAGCCCCAGAAGAAUGAGCAGUUGGGAUACCUGACCCAGGCCGAGUGGUGGGAGCUGCUCUUCUUCAUCAAGAAGCUGGAUAUAUGUGAGCAGCAGCCAAUUUUCCAGAAUCUUCGGGAGAACCUGGAUGAGACCCUGGGUGACAAGGCCCUGGGUGACCUCUCCGUACCUGUGGAGAUCGCUGAGGGUCUGCUGCAGGUGCUCAGCAGUCGGUUUGAGGGCAGCACCCUCAGUGACCUGCUCAACUCCCAAAUCUACACCAAGUAUGGGAUGCUACCCGAUGAACUAAGCAUCUCGUCCUCUUUACGAAGUCACUCCUGUACCCCAGAUCCAGAAGAGGAGUCCAAGUCAGAGGCCAACUUCUCAGAAGAAGAGACUGAGUCGCCCAAAGCAAAAGCUGAGCCCCCAAAGACAGAUUCAGAACCUGCCAAGGGAAAAACUGAGCCCCCCGUGGCACAGAGUGAUUCACAGCUGUUUAACCAGCUUCUGGUGAUGGAGGGGAUUGCUCUGCCCCCUGAGAUGAAGGAGGCAGCCAGUGAAAUGGCUAGAGGCUUGCGGGGUCCUGGUCCGCGCAGCUCCCUGGAUCAGCAUGUGGCAGAGGUCGUGGCCACUGUGCAGAUAUCCAGCUUGGACACAAACCUGCAGCUUUCAGGGCUCUAUGCCCUCUCUCAGGCUGUGGAGGAGGUCACUGAGCGGGACCACCCUCUGGUCCGUCCCGACAGAUCCCUGAGAGAGAAGCUAGUGAAGACGCUGGUGGAGCUGCUGACCAACCAGGUGGGAGAGAAGAUGGUGGUGGUGCUGGCCCUGCGCCUCCUCUACCUGCUCAUGACGAAGCAUGAGUGGCGCCCACUCUUUGCCAGGGAGGGUGGCAUCUACGCUGUGCUGGUUUGCAUGCAAGAAUAUAAGACUUCAGUCCUGGUGCAGCAGGCGGGGCUGGCGGCACUGAAGAUGCUGGCCAUUGCCAGCUCCUCGGAGAUCCCCACUUUUGUUACUGGCCGAGACUCUCUCCACCCUUUGUUUGAUGCCCAGAUGACCAGAGAGAUCUUCGCCAGCAUUGACUCAGCUACCCGGCCAGGCGCUGAGAGCCUUCUCCUUACUGUCCCUGCAGCCGUGGUCCUGAUGCUGAACACAGAGGGGUGCUCUUCUGCAGUGAGAAAUGGUCUGCUCCUGCUCAACCUGCUUCUGUGCAACCACCACACUCUGGGGGACCAGAUUAUAACCCGAGAGCUGAGGGACACCUUGUUCAGGCACUCCGGGAUAGCACCGGGGACAGAGCCCAUGCCUACCACACACACCAUCCUCAUGAUGCUCCUCAAUCGCUACUCAGAGCCACCGGGCAGUCCUGAGCACACAGCAGCACUGGAAACCCCUGGUGCCCAGGGCCAGGAUGGGUCCCCUGAGCGCCUGAUCCGAUCCCUGGUGGGGGGCCCAUCUGCAGAGCUCCUUCUGGGCUUGGAGCGGGUGCUGUGCCGUGAGGGCGGCCCAGGGGGUGCCGUGAGGCCCCUCCUCAAGCGCCUCCAGCAGGAGACCCAGCCCUUCCUCCUGUUGCUGAGGACUCUGGAUGCCCCGGGGCCCAACAAAACUCUGCUGCUGACCGCACUGAGGAUCAUGACCCGGCUGCUGGAUCACCCUGAGGCGAUGGCCCUCCCCUGGCACGAGGUCUUGGAGCCCUGCCUCAACUGUCUCAGUGGCCCUAGCAGUGACUCUGAGAUUGUUCAGGAGCUGCUCUGCUUUCUGCAUCGGCUGGCCUCAAUGCAUAAGGACUAUGCUGUAGUUCUCUGCUGCCUGGGAGCCAAAGACGCCCUCUCCAAAGUCCUGGACAAGCACUCGUCUCAGCUGCUGCUGGCCUCUGAGCUUCGGGACCUGGUGACAGAGUGUGAGAAACAUGCCCAGCUCUACAGUAACCUCACCUCCAGCAUCCUGGCUGGCUGCAUUCAGAUGGUGCUGGGCCAGAUCGAAGACCACAGACGGACCCACCAGCCCAUCAACAUCCCCUUCUUUGACGUGUUCCUCAGGCAUCUCUGCCAGGGCUCCAGUGUGGAAGUGAAGGAGGACAAGUGCUGGGAGAAGGUGGAGGUGUCCUCCAACCCGCACCGGGCCAGCAAGCUGACGGACCGCAACCCCAAGACCUACUGGGAGUCCAACGGCAGCACCGGCUCCCACUACAUCACCUUGCACAUGCACCGUGGUGUUCUUGUCAGGCAGCUGACUUUGCUCGUGGCCAGUGAGGACUCGAGCUACAUGCCGGCCAGGGUGGUGGUGUUUGGGGGCGACAGCGCCAGCUGCAUCAGCACUGAGCUCAACACGGUGAAUGUGAUGCCCUCCGCCAGCCGGGUGAUCCUCCUGGAGAACCUGAACCGCUUCUGGCCCAUCAUCCAGAUCCGCAUAAAGCGCUGCCAGCAGGGUGGCAUCGACACCCGGGUUCGAGGCGUGGAGGUCCUGGGCCCCAAGCCCACCUUCUGGCCACUGUUCCGGGAGCAGCUGUGUCGCCGGACAUGUCUCUUCUAUACCAUUCGGGCACAAGCCUGGAGCCAGGACAUAGCGGAGGACCGCAAGCGCCUCCUCCAGCUCUGUCCCCGACUCAACAGGGUUCUGCGCCACGAGCAGAAUUUUGCUGAUCGCUUCCUCCCUGAUGACGAGGCCGCCCAGGCACUGGGCAAGACCUGCUGGGAGGCCCUGGUCAGCCCCCUGGUGCAGAACAUCACCUCCCCGGAUGAGGAGGGUGUGAGCUCCCUGGGAUGGCUGCUGGAUCAGUACUUAGCGCAAAGAGAGAGCUCGCAGAACCCACUGAGUCGAGCAGCAUCCUUUGCCUCUCGAGUUCGUCGCCUUUGUCACUUGCUGGUGCAUGUGGAGCCCCCGCCUGGGCCUUCUCCUGAGCCAUCCACUCGGCCCAUCAGCAAGAACAGUAAGGGCCGGGAUCGGAGCCCUGGGCCCUCAGCAGCCCUUCCAAGCAGCAGCCUGAGGAACAUAACGCAGUGCUGGCUGAGCGUGGUGCAGGAGCAGGUCAGCAGGUUCCUGGCCGCAGCCUGGAGGGCCCCCGACUUUGUGCCUCGAUACUGUAAACUCUAUGAGCAUUUGCAGAGAGCAGGCUCAGAGCUCUUUGGGCCUCGGGCAGCCUUCACGCUGGCUCUGCGCAGUGGCUUCUCGGGCGCCUUGCUCCAGCAGUCCUUCCUCACCGCUGCCCACGUAAGUGAGCAGUUUGCCAGGCACAUCGACCAGCAGAUCCAGGGCGGCCUGGUUGGCGGAGCCCCUGGAGUGGAAAUGCUGGGGCGGCUUCAGCGGCACCUGGAGCCCAUCAUGGUCCUUUCUGGCCUGGAGCUGGCCACUACUUUUGAGCACUUCUACCAGCACUACAUGGCAGACCGUCUCCUGAGCUUGGGCUCGAGCUGGCUGGAGGGGGCUGUGCUGGAGCAGAUCGGCCUCUGCUUCCCCAACCGCCUCCCCCAGCAGAUGCUGCGCAGCCUGAGCACCUCCGAGGAGCUGCAACGCCAGUUUCACGUCUACCAGCUCCAGCAGCUCGACAAGCUGCUCUUGGAGCAGGAGAAUGAGGAGGAACAGGGCCUGGAAGAGGAGGAGGAGGAAGCAGAGGAAGAGGAGGCUGAGAAAGAACUAUUUAUCGAAGAUUCAAGUCCAACAGUUUCCAUACUGGUCCUGUCACCACGCUGCUGGCCGGUCUCCCCACUCUGCUACCUGUACCAUCCCAGAAAGUGCCUUCCCACUGAAUUCUGUGAUGCCCUUGACCGCUUCUCCAAUUUCUACAGCCAGAGUCAGAAUCAUCCAGUCCUGGACGUGGGACCCCAUCGGCGGCUGCAGUGGACGUGGCUGGGCCGGGCUGAGCUGCAGUUUGGGGACCAGACCCUGCAUGUGUCCACCGUGCAGAUGUGGUUGCUGUUGCAUUUCAAUCAGACAGAGGAGGUGUCUGUAGAGACCCUGCUGAAGAAUUCUGACCUCACCCCAGAACUACUGCUUCAGGCACUUCUGCCCCUCACCUCAGACAGUGGCCCUUUGACCCUGCAUGAGGGUCAGGGCUUUCCACACAGGGGUGUGCUGCGGCUUCGGACGCCUGGGUCUCAGCGCUCUGGGGAGGCCCUGUGGCUGAUACCUCCCCAGACGUACCUGAAUGUCGAGAAGGAUGAGGGCCGAACUCUGGAACAGAAGAGGAACCUCUUGAGCUGUCUUCUUGUCCGUAUUCUCAAAGCCCAUGGGGAAAAGGGCCUCCAUAUCGAUCAGCUGGUUUGUCUGGUGCUGGAGGCCUGGCAGAAGGGUCCAAAUCCCCCUGGAAGCCUGGGCCGCACUGUUGCAGGAGGCGUGGCCUGUACCAGUACAGAUGUCCUUUCUUGCAUCCUCCACCUCCUGGGCCAGGGCUACGUGGAACGGCGCGACGACCGGCCCCAGAUCCUGAUGUAUGCCACCCCAGAGCCUACGGGGCCUUGCCGGGGUCAGGCAGAGGUCCCCUUCUGUGGCAGCCAGACCACCAAGACCUCCAAGCCUAGCCCAGAAGCUGUAGUUGCCUUGGCAACUCUCCAGCUGCCUGCAGGCCGCACCAUGAGCCCCCAGGAGGUCGAAGGGUUGAUGGAGCAGACAGUACGGCAGGUGCAGGAGACGCUGAACCUAGAGCCAGAUGUGGCUCAGCACCUUUUGGCUCAUUCCCACUGGGGUGCUGAACAGCUGCUGCAGAGCUACAGCGAUGACCCCGAACCCCUGUUGUUGGCGGCUGGGCUGUGCGUCCCCCAGGCCCGGGCCGCCCCUUCCCGCCCCGACCACUGCCCUGUGUGUGUCAGCCCCCUGGAGCCCGACGAUGACUUGCCUUCCCUCUGCUGCAUGCACUACUGCUGUAAGUCUUGCUGGAACGAGUAUCUGACAACUCGGAUUGAGCAGAACCUUGUGUUGAAUUGCACCUGCCCCAUUGCUGACUGCCCUGCACAGCCCACGGGAGCCUUUAUCCGGGCCAUUGUCUCCUCACCAGACAUCAUUUCCAAGUACGAGAAAGCCCUCCUGCGUGGCUAUGUGGAGAGCUGCUCCAACCUGACCUGGUGCACCAACCCCCAGGGCUGCGACCGCAUCCUGUGCCGCCAGGGCCUGGGCUGUGGGACCACCUGCUCCAAGUGUGGCUGGGCCUCCUGCUUCAACUGUAGUUUCCCUGAGGCGCACUACCCUGCCAGCUGUGGCCACAUGUCCCAGUGGGUCGACGAUGGCGGCUACUAUGACGGCAUGAGCGUGGAGGCCCAGAGCAAGCACCUGGCCAAGCUCAUCUCCAAGCGCUGUCCCAGCUGCCAGGCUCCCAUCGAGAAGAACGAGGGGUGUCUGCACAUGACCUGUGCCAAAUGCAACCACGGAUUUUGCUGGCGCUGCCUCAAGCCCUGGAAGCCAAAUCACAAAGACUACUACAACUGCUCUGCCAUGGUCAGCAGAGCAGCUCGCCAGGAGAAGCGGUUUCAGGACUAUAACGAGAGAUGUACUUUCCAUCACCAGGCCCGGGAGUUCGCCGUGAGCCUGCGGAACCGCGUGUCUGCCAUCCACGAGGUGCCACCCCCCAGAUCCUUCACCUUCCUCAGUGACGCCUGCCGGGGACUGGAGCAGGCCCGCAAGGUGCUGGCCUACGCCUGCGUGUACAGCUUCUACAACCAGGGCACGGAGUACAUGGACGUGGUGGAGCAGCAGACCGAGAACCUGGAGCUGCACACCAACGCCCUGCAGAUACUCCUCGAGGAGGCGCUGCUGCGGUGCGGAGACCUGGCCUCGUCCCUGCGCCUCCUGCGGGCCGACUGCCUCAGCACCGGCCUGGAGCUGCUCCGGAGGAUCCAGGAGAGGCUGCUGGCUAUCCUGCAGCAUUCUACCCAGGACUUCCGGGUCGGUCUGCAGAGCCCAUCGUUAGAGACCCGAGAGGCGAAAGGAUCCAACGUGCCUGGCAGUCAGCCCCAGGGCCCCUCUGGGCUGGAGGUGGAGGAAGAGGAGGAGGAGGAGGAGGUGCCUGAGUGGCAGCAGGACGAGUUUGAUGAGGAGCUGGACAACGACAGCUUUUCCUACGACGAGGAGUCUGAGAACCUGGACCGAGACACUUUCUUCUUCGGUGACGAGGAGGAUGAUGAGGCCUACGACUGAGGGGCGGGACAUGGGGGAGUCCUGGGGGCCGAGGGGGGGAGGUCACCCCUUCCUGCCGUCUUCGGGGGAGGCGAUUCCCAGUGUCUACAGUACCUUCUGUUUACUGAAUAAACUUUUUUCCACAUCCUUCUCUGGAAGCAGGCUGCGCAGCUGCGUUCCUAAGGGCUAACGUCAGCUCCCGGCUCCCUC